AUGAGCCUUGAUUCCGGGACUAAUAGCACCUAUCGCUUGAAGACCGAAACGCCAGGAAUGGGAUUUCUUCAUAAAACAAAGAAGAGCAAAACUGACAAGAAAAAAGAGAAUGGGAAUCAAAAAGUUGCAGGAUCUCCCGAGAAUGGAGGACGGCAUGCGAUUGCCCGCAGAACGGUUCGUGAUCGCUCAUUAUCGAAUCUGCUGCCAGAACAAGAUUUGAGCAGUUCUAUCAAGGCUGUGCCCGAACCCUCUAAUGCACAGCCACAAUCCACAAAAAGACGACGGAGCUCUUCACCAGAUAAGGUGAAAGGCAAGCCAUCCGAUAUUGUCAAACUUAAACUCGGUCAUUUUAAUAGCAGCAAAAACAACAGUCAUAGCUGUGAUGACACCUCUAAAAACCGGCUGUCGAAGGAUAGUUCUCAGGAUCCGAAUGCAACAAAGACUAGUCCGUCCUCUCUAAGAGUGAGUAAUAAUACGAGCAUUCUUCAUGAUGACCCUGAUGGAACAGCUGGAAAAGAGGAAGUAAAAGAGCCCGGUGGUAUCAUAUCGUCUAUUUUUUCGGCGGCCCACAAUGCCGCAAAUCAUCUUAUGCCCAGGGCUAACGAGAAACCAGCUCCAUCUCAAAAUGAAGAUGUGAUAGCGCUUAACCAGUCAGAACACCAGGGACAUGAACAAAAUUCAAGUUUUUUGAAACAUUUGGACUUUUUACUCGCCCCUCCUGGGGCAUUGCCUCCUACUACUACCUCAAAUAACUUGUUGUCACCAGAUUACAAUCUGAAUGCUCAAAAUAAGCAAUCCGUGGGCUCUUCCUUGGGGAGACAUAAUUCUGACGUGUCAGGAACUCCCGAUUAUAUUAUUGGUGAUUUUGAUGACAAUACAUCCGCUGCGGAAACAGAUUUAAUGUCGAUGACCGACAAAAUUCAUUUUCGCUCUCGUAAUGGGGAGUCUCACAUCGCAAGCCUAGGAAGAGGUAAUCUAACGCUUGACGCGCUGGCCAAGACAUAUUCAAACGAUUCUCCGCUGGACGAAGGAUCUCUACACGCGGAAGAGGAAUCAACCGCUCCACGACAAAGUAAAGCGAUCAAUGCUAACAGACGCAGAGGUAAAACGGUACAUGACAUCAAUAGGGAAACCGAUUAUGCAAAGUCUAGAGAUUACGAUUUGUCACUUUCACCUGCCAGAAGUGAUCCAGGUGCCAAUGCUAACUCUUCACUCGAGGACGUGACGCGCGGCUUGAAUGAAACGAGCAAAGAUCAAUCACAAAACAAUGUCAAAACACGAAAGAGGGCAAGCACUGUCAAAUCUUGCAGUAUCAGACCUUUGUCGCCUAAUCAGUUGUCACUCAAGACUAUUCCUACGAAAAGCAUUAGGAACUCAUUGCACAGAAUGAGGUCACCAAGCCACGGCGAUAACGGCCAGAAUCAAACUUCAAGCAUUUCAUCCGACGAAGAAGAUGCACAUGCAUUAUCAGAGACCAAUGGCAAAAGCGGCAACAAAAGUCAACGUGCUUCAGCACAUAUCUCGGAGAAAAAAAACAGUGAGUUUCACACCGUCUUCAAAGAAUCAGGAAUUGCAGCGGACGAAAAAUUACUUGCCGAUUAUGCUUGUGCGCUUUCUCGUGACAUUUUGUUGCAGGGCAGAAUGUACAUUUCGAAAGAGCAUGUAUGUUUUAAUUCGAGUAUCUUAGGAUGGAUCACCUCUGUCGUGAUUCCUUUCAAGGAGAUUGUUCAGAUUGAGAAAAAAUCUACUGCAGGCAUAUUUCCCAAUGGUAUCGUACUUCAGACAUUGCAUUCAAGAUACAUCUUUGCUUCAUUCAUAUCACGCGAUUCGGCGUUCGACUAUAUCACCAAGAUUUGGAAUCGAAUCAUUCUGAACUCAGAUGAAGACCUCGCAUACAGUGAACUCGAGAGUACCCCUCCGAAGUCUAGUAGGAGCAGCUUAAGUUCCGAUGACGAUUCUGAUUCUGAAAGGCAAGGCCGAAGUAGUUCAGAUGGUUAUUCAAGCGAAGAUGAGACUUUAGAUGAAGAAAACGAGGAUGAAGAAUUGAGUUCUGAAAACAGUCAAAUGAACGAUGCUGAAGAUUCUUCGGCGAUUGGUAAUGCCGAGCUUCGGAUUGGAAAAAAACCAAAAGUACCCACUUUAGGCCCUUCAAAGCAUCCACCAACUUCAGAUGAUUUGUCAACUACCGCUGAUGACAGAAUCGUUGCAGAAACCGUGUUUGAGGCCCCGCUGGGUCAAAUCGUUAGCAUCCUAUAUGGCGAUGAUGUGUCAUACGCCAGAAAAAUCUUAGAGGCUCAAAAGAACUACAAUCUAUCGAAAAUUCCGCCAAUAAUAACGUCCAGAGAACGAAAAUUCAGCUAUACGAAACCACUAACUGGCUCUAUUGGACCGAGCAAAACUAAAUGUGAGAUCACAGAAACUUUAGACCACUACGACUUAGAAGAUUACGUGAAAGCCAUUCAGGCAUCGAAGACACCCGACGUACCAUCCGGUAACUCCUUCAUUGUGAAGACAUCAUUCUACUUAUCUUGGGCACCUCGAAACUGCACAAAGUUGAUUGUUGGUGUCUCUGUUGAAUGGACGGGCAAAAGCUGGCUCAAAGCAGCGAUCGAAAAGGGAACUUUUGACGGUGUCACAGUUACUACGAAGACUAUGAUUGAAGAGAUCAACAAAAUCAUUCAUAAAAAGGAAGUAAGGGAGUCAAAAGGUGCUGUAAGCGACGAAGAAGAGACGUUGAAUCUACCUACCGCAGGUCCUAGUGAGCACCCAAAGACCAACCCAGAAUACGUCAAAGAAGAUGGGGACAUUAUCAUAGCAGACUCAUUAUCCAUUCCGGCGCCAUUGGGAACCGUUUAUCAGUUGCUUUUUGGUGAUGAUACUUCGUACAUUCAGCGAAUUCUUGAGAAGCAAGGUAACUAUGAUCUUUCUCCUAUCCCAAAAUUCAAAAGUGAAACGAGAGAAUAUCAGUACACAAAACCUCUCACGGGUCCUGUCGGCCCGAAAAAAACGAAAUGUCUCAUUGAAGAAAGAAUUGAACAUAACAAUCUGGAGGAUCGCGUUGUGGUUUGUCAGGUUACCAAAACACCAGACGUGCCGUCAGGAACUUCUUUCUCCGUAAACACUAAAUUCUACCUGUACUGGGGCUCCAGUAAUACCACACAGAUCUUGGUCGUAUCCAGCGUGAUCUGGACUGCGAAAAGCUGGAUCAAGGGUGCGGUGGAAAAAGGAUCUCUUGAAGGUCAGAAGUCGUCCAUUAAAAUCCUGGAGCAAGAACUUCUAGACAUCGUCGCCAACGCUGGCAAGAAUAAAAAACCGCAUGCUAAGAAAAAUGUCAGAGCUAGGGUCAAGAAGUCAAAAACUUCGAACAAAGCUUCGAAAGCUGGCAAGACACAAGAUCCGGGUCCCACUGGCGCAUUUGAUACAGUCUUGAAUUUAGUGACUACUCUGCCGUUCACGUAUCAAAUUUUAAGCUUCAUUUUAUUGGUAGUGGGGAUCGUUACAAUAUUUACCUUUUCCAUGGGAAAAAGCGAAAGCUCAUUCAAAAUUGUGAAACCGGGCCGUAUGGCCAUAGGCGGGAAUACUUACAACUACGCACCAACGCUCAAUACGCUAUAUGGAGUUUACGAACAGGAAAUUCGAGUAACACAGAGAUCCCCGAAAGCCCCCAAUAUUGCAACUAGUUCAGAGGGUGAGCUAUGGGAGUGGAUAAAAGAUCGCGGUAAUAUCUUACAAGACACCCACUCCCAGGACAACUCUAAAAAGUGGAUGACGACUCAUAAACGUCAAGAUUUAGAAGAAGCAAUACGGCUAGCAGAGGAUAAACUCGAAGAGUUAAAGACUCUUCUAAACGAAUCUAAAUAG